UCAAAUAUUGUUGUCUGACGUGUUUUGCGAUUUCUCGCGAAUUUUUUUACAAUAAUCCUGGAUAAAGCAGUGUUUUUGGUGCAGAAAAUGACGUCGGCUUUGCCUAACGAUAGAAACGAGGAGCGUCGUCGUAGGGUUUUGCUUGGGCCUCUGCCAGCAGGCUUCCUACGCACUGAUGGCACCAACGAUACUCUUGAUGCAGACUAUCAGGCCGCACUUGCUUUACAGCAGCAGCUGUGUGGAGCCACUAUGCCACCAGCCGGACCGCCGCUGACUGCCAGGCUCAGCAUCACAAUAGCACAGGCGAAACUUGUCAAAAAUUACGGUCUGACACGUAUGGACCCGUACGUGCGCCUGCGCGUGGGCCACUGCAUCUACGAGACCCACACCGAUCCCAGCGGUGGGAAAACACCGAGGUGGAACAAAGUCAUCCAUUGCCUGCUGCCUCCCGGCGUCAACUCCAUAUACCUGGAGAUCUUCGACGAGUGCUCGUUCACGAUGGACGAGCUGAUCGCUUGGGCACACAUCACCAUCCCGCCCGCAGUGCUCAAUGGCGAGACUCACGAAGACUGGUACCCGCUGAACGGCAAGCAAGGAGACGGCAUGGAGGGGAUGAUCAACCUCGUUCUUAGCUAUUCUGUGGGCCCCGCAGCGGUAACUACAUUCCCCCCGGUGCUCGUGGUACCGAGCACGGGUAUGGGGUUCGCGGCCAUGCCCAUGUACCCGGCGCCUGCGCAGCCGCAGUUGCCGCAACAACAGCCGCAACAGGUGCCGCAACAUGUCGCGCAACAACCGCAACCUAUCACUGAGGAGCAGUUGCAACAGAUUGAAGAGAUGUUCCCGAGCAUCGACAAGGAGGUGAUAAAGUCGGUGCUGGAGGCGAAUCGUGGUAACAAAGACGCGACGAUCAAUUCCUUACUACAGAUGUCCGAAUAGGCCACUGUCGUCACGUAUUUUGUAUGUUAGCGCAGUUCUUGGUGGUGAAAUCAGGGGGUUAAAAAGGCCACAGAAAAGCAAUUCACCUAGAAAACCAAUAUUGCAAUUUGACAUUUGCGCAUAUAAAAGUAAGUGCGCAAUGUGAAGAACUGUCAAAUAGCAAUAUUGCUUUUUGAUUAAUUCUUCUAUGUUUGCCCCCCCCCACCAAGAUCCAGGUGGAUAUUUCCUGUUUGGGUUUUCCCGUUUAUAUAUAGGCCAUUAUGGUGGAUACUCUAUUCUUCGGAAAAGUCACAUUCGAGAGUCAUCAUCAUAUUAAUAUUAAAUUACUCACGAAAAACUAAAAGGAAGGGAAAUUUGAAAAAUCCUUUAGUAACUUGACAAUUUCACUACCUUGGAUUUUACAAGAUAUAUUUCAUGAAAGCCCAUUAUUAUUGUAUACAAUACGAUACGAGCUGUAGGCUUUAUAUUAGUCGCAGUAUGCUUUAUUUAUUUCUUUAUAUUUGUUUAUAGUAAUGUAUUGAAUAAAAUAAUCUUAAUGGAUUCUUCCGAUCUGAUGAGUGAGCAAAAUUCGCGGCACGGUGCACUCUAUCGACGUACACGCGACAAACCACCGCGAACUUAUAGACAGUGAUGACGGUUCUUGCAGACACUGACUUAAUUUUUUAUAGCUUGGUGAAUGUUGAAACUAUACUUUGUUGCACUUAAGAUAUAUUUUUUAGAAAUUCUAUUUAUUAUGUUUACUCCGCCAAAAUCGGCAACCCUAUUUAUCUACACAGACGUAGCUUGUAUAUCGUGUCGACGUCGAUAACAUGUAUCGUGCCGCGUAGCCUGAACCCAUUAUUUAAAUGCAGAAUUGGUUAAAAUUAUUUUACGACAAAUAAAAUCUUUAUUAAUGUAAAAAAAAAAAAAACAUUUAUCACUGUUGUAUAGGCUCUAAUAUUUGCACUUCAAAUCUAUAUUAGGAAAUUUCAAAUAUUUUAU